AUGUGGGCUAAAUGAAAAGUAUGUUUAAUACCUGCUUAAAGGUUGUUAUUUUUGAAAGGUACCGAAUCUGACAAACGAGCCUCAGCAGAACGGAUAUUCUAAUUUACUGACUAUGAACGUAUAUAUAAAAGUGCAAAAUAGUUUGUUUAAAGGAAAUGGUUGGUUUCAUGGAAGGAUACCACUUUUAAUCAUAAAUGUUCAUUGUGGCUAAGGUUUAGGCUGUUCCAGAGACUCAAUAUUUGACUGUUUUAUUCAUUCCAAAAUGAGUUAUGAUGUGUGUUUGGGAGUAUUAUCCUGUUUAAGCACCCGUAAGUGCAAUUUUUAACCAGUUAGUUUUUUAUGUGAGAGCAGUUUGAAUAAUUUGGAGUCUUCGUUAUUUAGUUUACUUUGUGCACUGCAACAGUGCCACAGACUUUAAAACGAGCUCACAGUUUGAUGCCACCAUGCUUGUCAGUCGGUGUAGUGUUCUUAGGUUCUUCAAACAGACAUCCUGUCAUUACGGCCAGAUAACUUUAUCUUUCUCUUGUCUGACCAUAACACUUGUCAAAAAAGUAUUUGACUUGCCUAGAAUGACAGCUUCCAAUUUUAGUCAAGCUUGAAGUUGUCAAUUUUGAAGCAGGAGUUACCCUACUCCCAUGUUGAUGUAAAACUCCAACAUCCUGUGGUUUAUAAUUCCUCACAUGCUUCAUGAUGCUAACAAAUUUCAUUUAAUCUCUGGGUAAAAGCUGGGACACAAUCUUAUGUUCCAUCAGGGUAAUUCUUUCAAACAGCAAGUAAGAAUGUUAAAGUGCCUGUGAUAUUGAAUUUUCAUUAUAAAUCUAAAUGUAAUAUCUAAAUGUACUUUUGUGACAAGGAAGUGCUCUCACCUGCUGAGCCUUUAUCCAUUUACCAACAGCAGCAACGACCUUUUCUUGACAAUCUUUUCACAUCAGUUGCACUGCACAUUCUGGCUAUAACAUCUGCUUCAACUUUCUCCUUCGUCUGUCAGAUAUCCCGACCUCUGACAUCAUUUCUCUUGCUAAUUCAGAGGUUUCUUGCUCGAAGCAGUUUGCCAAAAACUAUUCCGAUCACAACUGACUGUGCUUGGUGGGACCAGUCCAUCUGUCCCUCAGUAGUUUUCCAGCUCUGAUCCAGGCACCUCGGAUCCUCUUCACUACAAGAAAAUAGUGUUGUCGUAUUAUUGCUGCCACCACCAGCAAUGCACCGUUUCACCAUAUUAAUGCUGUUUUUAACGCAACUUGGCUUCUACCUGAACAGUUUAUUAUUGACGCUCACACAAUGAAUAACCGGAGACUUUCCCUUGGAUGUAAUUUCCGUGCAACUUUGGACUUGCAAACUUUUAUAUCGAACUAUGCUUUUUUUUGUGUCACAAUUGUUUUUAUCACGUGCUUCACUGAUACAACAGCCCAGGAGCUAACAAUACAUGUGCAAUGAAACCAACCUAUUUAAAAGAGCUCUGCCAUUAAAGCUCAUCAGAAUAUAAGUAGGAGUUUUAUGAUACAUAUUUGUGUAUAUAAAUAUUAGAUUAGAGAAAAUCCACAAUAAUUUAAAACUUAUUAUUUUUUUUUUUUUAAAACAGUGAAGAUGUAGGUUGUGUAAUCAUUCUACCCUUCUAAGAAGAACAGUUCAAAUGCAUCAUGAAAAACCCAACAUAAUAUGACAUUUAUACCCAUAGCGUGUGUAUGUAAACUUCUGAUUGGCACUAUGGGUCUUGAAAAAUCGUACAGGCUGAGUAUGCACUGGGGGUGCAUUCAUUUGGAUCCCACGCAUCUUUUUCCCACUACUUUGUCUGACAUGUUUGCCUCUCCUGCAUGUAUCUUACUUUGUGUGUUUCUCUGCAGUUCUUCCGGUCUUUUGGCCAUUGAUGGUAAAAUUGAGCAGGCCAUGGAUCUGGUGAAGAGUCACCUGAUGUUGGUGGUGCGUGAGGAGGUGGAGCUUUUAAGAGAACGACUUAGACAGCUACAGGAGAAGAACCUGCAGCUGGAGAGAGAGAACCACAUCCUGAAAGCACUGAGCCACAACAUCUACUCAACAACAGGACACACAGCAUCCUAAUAUUUUAAACAAAUGACAGUUACAGUGAUCGCUUCUUAGACACAUGUAGCAUAAGAUGAACUGGGCAAUGAUGGUUCCCCUGCCUGUAGUAGAAAAAUGUCAUUGCAGUGAGUUUGUAGAAAACAGAAGAAGUCCUCAGGAUGGUGAGGUGCUAACAGCUAGUCAGAUGAACAACCAUCUGACUAACUUUUAGAUGAUCUCAAAUACUAGUGGGAUACAAUACUAUUUAAGCAAACAUGAACUACACCUUUACAGAUUACUUUUAUUUUUUGUUUGGCUAUUUUCUCAUCAUAAUGUGAAGAUCAGCUGGAACUAAAUCCACAGAUAAAGUAAAAUCCAAAGGGUCACCAUGGUUUAGGUUUCUUAGCGCUGCCUGGAAAAGCACUGGAACAUACUGUGUUUGACGUUGUUGUACAGCCUGUUGUAAAAUUAAAAUGUUUACUCCACUCUUGUCAGAGCCUGAUUAGGCAUAUUGAUACAGCCGGCAGCCGCAGCACACUUAAUUCUGCCUAGUGACACAAAUAGCGUUUGAAACAGCAACAAAGUGCCAUGCAAAGGUGCAGAAGAUGAAUUACCACUAUAACUGUGUUGUCUCCCACAUCUAUGACAACUUUCAUUUUCAGUUAGAUGGUUAAAAUUAGCUCAAACAAAAAUGACCAGCUGUUAGCCUUCCAUUAACCUGAGGUUAUCUUAUUUCUAUAAACUUACAGCAAUAUAGCAUCUGUCUAGAGUAUGUUAAGGAACUAUUACUGAUAACCUCACAAAGCCAAAAAAUCUGAACCAUCCCUUUACAAAAACUGUCGUGUGACCCAUUUCACUGCAAAUCACAGAACACCCUACAACUACCUUUUAACAACCUUUUUCUACCUUUAGAUUUGCCUUCUUAGAUUUCUUUUUAAUCAACUUAUUCAUGACAUUUUAACAACUGAAUGAAACAAACAUAACUAUAGUGAAAACAGAAAAUCUGAAACAUUAAUGACACAUGUACUAUUUUGAAAAACAACUACAUGUCCAUUGUCUGACUUACAACACUCAUUUAGUAACACAGGGUAAAAUCAAACAUCUGAGUUAGAACUUGCUGCUGACAUUGUUGUCAUGGUAACAUGUUUGACAGACUGACAAUUUGACAAUGGCACUGGUUGCUGCUGCUAAAAGAUGAUAAUGAAUUAUAUGGUGUAAUAAAAUAAUGAAGUCUAAUUACCCAGCCGGCUCAUGUCUGCUUUAAUUUUUUUUUACAGGAUCUUUUGUGUUAUCUGCAGAUUCAAUUAGCAAGUUUGGUCUGUCGAAGUCUUUAUCCAUUACUACCUAACACUGAUUGGUGGUACUGAAUUUUUAUAAAAAGGUCUGCAGUCUACAUCCAUCUGAAAAUUAUAAGGAUUAUGUGAGGUUGUGCCAUGGUUUGCGUCCAGAUUUUAGCCUUUUGUGUUACAAUUCAUGCUGAAACAGGAAUAAUGUAAAUUUUCAGGGUUUGAUUGGAGUUUUUACUGAAACCUAACAUGGAAAGUGUCUCUUGAUCUUCAACUUUUUUUCAGUAUGGGAAUUAUCCCAAACCCUCGGCGAUGCUGUGAAAUCAAACCUGACAGGAUUAGUGAACACUAAACCCCAAGUUUUUAAAGUAGUGUGGAAUCAUCUUGAUAGAGAGGAUCUCUUUCAUCAACAUUUGUGUCAUUAUUACUAUCCAGUGUUUUUUAGAAGAAUUGACAUUUCUGAUCCCUGUCAGUGAGACGUCCUAAUAUUCUCCCUCAUUAAACAACUUUGACAUCUACUUCUACUAUUUUUGUAAACAUCUUCAUAUUUAAUUGCCAAAGUUUCACUGAUUAAUUUGCAUAACAAAACUUAUGCUGCAUUUGUACUCUAAUGGUAUUGUUGAGCUGAGCUUCAGGCGCCGCCCCUUUCUGGCUGAGUGCAGGUCUGAGUGUGUCACCCACCCUGGUGGCAGCAUCCUGUUUUCUCCAGGUGGAGAUGAUUAAAUGAAUUGUUUGAAGGUACUCUCUAACACAUGAGCUGCUGACAAUGUGUGAGAGAGAUGCUGGAAGAUGGACGCUGCAAGACUGAGAAAGUGUGUUUCAAGGAAAGGAAGGAGCCGGUUUUUCACCUAUUGUGACCACGUGUGAACUUUAAAAAUAAAGGAAAGGAGGAAAAGAAAAAUUGUUUCUGGGUCAUUGAGUGAAAUCCAGUUCAGUCCUAUUGAAGCAAGCUGCCUUUUCAAGUGGGGGGAACUGCAGUGUAAGCCCAAAAAAAGUGGGAACCACUUAACAGGUAGCCCUGUGCUGAGGUGUGGCAGCUGGUGAUUGGUAGUUGCCAUGGUGCCCAGGCCGUCGUCAGGAGAGCUAUGGGGGCUCCAUCUGAUGCCCCCGCGGAUUCUGGUGGACUGCUGCCUCCCCAAUGGUAUGAUGGUGAGCCUGGAGUGUUUGAGAGAAACUCCCCUCAUCAGCAUAAAGCAGCAGCUCUUCAUCGAGGCCAGGAAGUACCCUCUCUACCACCUGCUGCAGGAGGAGUCAUGCUACAUCUUUGUGGGCGUGACCCAGGAGGCUGAGAGGGAGGAGUUUUAUGAUGAGACGCGGAGGUUGUGUGACCUGCGACUGUUUCACCCCAUCCUAAAGGUCAUCGAGCCAUUGGGGAACCGUGAGGAGAAAAUCCUAAACCGAGAGAUUGGCUUUGCCAUUGGGAUGCCAGUCUGUGAAUUUGAGAUGAUGAAGGACCCAGAGGUUCAGGACUUCCGCCGCUCUAUACUGAGUGUGUGCAGAGAAGCCAUGGAGGAGAGAGAGGGGGGUGGGGCACACACCCAGGCACUCUAUGUUUACCCCCCCAACGUGGAGUCCAGUCCGCAUCUGCCACAACACAUCUAUAGGAAGCUGGACAAAGGACGGCUUAUUGUGACCAUCUGGGUGAUUAUGUCUCCAUCAAACUCUAAGCAGAAAUACACUUUAAAGGUGAGCCAUGACAGUUUACCCGAGCAGCUAAUUGCAGAGUCCAUCAGGAAGAAGAGCCGAUCGAUGCACCUCUCCCCUCAGCAGCUCCGACUCUGCGUGCAAGAAUACCAGGGCCAGUACAUCCUUAAGGUAUGUGGCUGUGAUGAGUACCUGUUGGAAAAUUUCCCCCUCAGUCAGUAUAAGUACAUACGCUCUUGCAUCAUCGUUGGACGUCUUCCUCACCUAAUGCUUGUUUCCAAAGACAGUCUCUACUCUCAGCUUCCAGCCUCGGGCUUUGUCACUCCUUCCUACAGUCGAAGGACGCCCCAGCCGUCUCCUUGUCCAGGAGGAGUUGAUGGAUCUCCUCCUCGCUCCCUCUGGGCCUUUAACACUUUGCUCAGGGUUCGACUGCUCUGCGCCACCUACGUCAACGUCAACAUCCGGGACAUUGAUAAGAUCUAUGUGAGGACAGGUAUAUAUCAUGGAGGAGAGCCACUGUGUGAAAAUGUCAACACACAGAGAGUUCCCUGCUCCAACCCCAGGUGGAACGAGUGGCUGACCUACGACAUAUACCUGGCGGAUCUUCCUCGCUCAGCAAGACUCUGUCUCUCUAUCUGCUCUGUGAAGGGAAGGAAAGGAGCCAAGGAGGAGCACUGCCCUCUCGCCUGGGGUAAUGUCAGCCUGUUUGACUACAUGGAUAUUCUUGUCUCUGGGAAGAUGGCUCUGAGUCUCUGGCCUGUCCCUCAUGGCCUUGAAGACCUGCUAAAUCCCAUCGGAGUGGCUGGCUCAAACCCGAACAAGGAGACCCCCUGCGUUGAGCUGGAAUUCUCACGAUUCAACCAGACAGUCAUGUUUCCUGAUGAGCAACAGAUUGAAGAACAUGCUAACUGGACCAUCAGCAGAGAGCUGGGCUACAACUACUGCCAUGGACUGAGUAGCCGUCUGGCCUGCGAUAGCAGUGUUUCAGCCACCGAUGCAGAGCAGCUUCGCUCUCUUUGCUCCAAAGACCCUCUGUAUGAGCUUUCUGAGCAGGAGAAGGAUUUCCUCUGGAGACACAGACAUUAUUGUUUAAACAUCCCAGAGUCUCUGCCUAAGCUGCUUCUUUCAGUCAAAUGGAACUCCAGAGACGAAGUGUCGCAGAUGUACUGUUUGCUGAAGGAAUGGCAUCUGAUGGAGCCUGAGUCAGCUCUGGAGCUGCUGGACUGUAACUUUCCUGAUCCGAUAGUCAGAGAGUUUGCUUUGCGAUGUCUGGUGCAGGGCUUGACGGAUGACAAGUUGUCACAGUAUCUGCUGCAGCUUGUACAGGUGUUAAAGUAUGAGAUGUACUUGGACAAUCCUCUGGCUCGAUUCCUCAUCAAGAAAGCUCUGACCAAUCAGAGGAUAGGACACUUCUUCUUCUGGCAUCUGAAGUCAGAAAUGCACAACAAGACAGUUUCCAGAAGGUUUGGCCUGCUGCUGGAGGCUUUCUGCAGAGCCUGCGGCAUGUACCUGAAACACCUUAACAGACAGGUGGAGGCCAUGGACAAACUGGUGAAUCUGACAGACACAUUGAAGCAGGAGAAGAAGGACGAGACUCAAAAGACUCAGAUGAAGUUCCUGGUUGAACACAUGUCACGUCCAGACUACAUGGAGUCUCUGCAAGGAUUUGUCUCUCCACUAAACCCAGUUCACCAGCUGGGAAACCUCAGGCUGGAGGAGUGCAGGAUCAUGUCCUCAGCGAAGCGCCCCCUAUGGCUAAACUGGGAGAAUCCCGAUAUAAUGUCUGAGCUACUCUUCACCAACAAUGAGAUCAUCUUCAAGAACGGAGACGACCUGCGUCAAGAUAUGCUGACACUGCAGAUCAUUAAGAUCAUGGAGAACAUCUGGCAGAACCAAGGCCUGGACCUGCGUAUGCUGCCGUACGGCUGCCUGUCCAUCGGGGACCGUGUGGGUCUUAUUGAGGUGGUUAAGAACAGUUACACUAUCAUGCAGAUUCAGUGCAAAGGAGGCUUGAAGGGGGCACUGCAGUUCAACUCCAACACGCUUCACCAUUGGAUCAAAGACAAGAACCAUGGAGAAGCGUAUGAUCGGGCCAUUGACCUGUUCACCAGGUCAUGUGCAGGUUACUGCGUUGCCACAUUUAUCUUGGGAAUUGGAGAUCGACACAACUCCAACAUCAUGGUGAAGGAGAACGGACAGCUGUUUCACAUCGACUUCGGUCACUUCCUAGACCACAAGAAGAAAAAGUUUGGCUACAAGAGGGAACGUGUGCCUUUCGUGCUGACUCAGGACUUCCUCAUUGUCAUCAGUAAAGGCAUUCAGGAGUCAACUAAGACAAAGGAGUUUGAGAGGUUCCAGGAGAUGUGCUACAAAGCUUACCUGGCCAUCCGACAGCACGCUAGCCUCUUCAUCAACCUCUUCUCACUCAUGCUGGGCUGCGGCAUGCCUGAACUGCAGAGCUUUGAUGAUAUUGCGUACCUUAGGAAGACCCUUGCAUUAGAAAAGAGCCAGCAGGAGGCGCUGGAGUACUUCACAAAACAGAUGAACGAUGCUCAUCAUGGUGGAUGGAGCACCAAGAUGGACUGGAUCUUCCACACCAUCAGACACAUGCCCAACGAACACUGACACACAAACACUACAGAGACUGACACAACUAAACACAUGCAUACACAACACAACACCAGGCACACAAACAAACACAUAACAGCACAUAUAAAUACGCACUACACAAACACCUAGUGCUUCAGACACACACACUAAAUCCAAAUAUGCAACCCAUCAGACACAGGUACCAAACACACACACACACACACAUUUAUACAAACAAACAUCCAAAGCACACGUGUACUUGUUUUCUGCACUAAUCUGGGGAUGGUGAUGAUAAUAGUGAUGGAUAUGUUAAAUGCAAAUGUUUGCAUCCCCUCAUUGUAUUAGUGGAAUAACUGUCAUAGAAACACUAAUCUCUCAGGAGCAGAAGUCAGAGAGGUUUCUAAAGGUGCCAAAGGCAUGCUGGGUAAAAAAAAGUAAUGACGAUGUCAACAUGUCCUCAAUAUGAUGCAACAGUCAGCCAGCUGGCUCCACGAGCUGCAAACUGAGUGAAACUCUUUUAGUGUAGCAAACAUUUGAAUAGAAUUUUAUGAACCAACUGCAGCUUUAUUGAUACCUGGGAGGUGAACACUGUGGUCACUGUGAAAGCAAUAAAAAACCUCUGAUAACAAAUCAGUACUUUGAUAAUGACAAUCAAUGAGUUCUGACAGAGGAGAAGGCUGAGCUGAGUCCUGUGCUGUGAAGCAGCUUCAACAUACACAGAUUAUUUAAGAUGUCUGGCUUAACCAAAUCAAAACAUCAUAAUAUCCAACAGAUCACCCUGAGAGGAAUUAUAAAGCUGGCUAUUAUUUGCCGAGUCAAUUAAGGCUCUCUGAGUAUAUUUUCACAGAAAAUAGGUGGACCUAGAGGACCAAUCACAAUCAUGAAAGAAAGCUAGGGAAAAAAAAGUUGUAAUUAGCCUGUUAGUUUUCUGCUUAAUAUAGAAUGGAAAUUAUCCUCUUCAAAUUUCUAUUUUCUCAUUUGCAUCACACACAUCAAUCUCAUCUAUAAAUUCAUUAUAUGGUCAAAAUUGAAGGGCAUAAAACAAUAACAUUUACGUUUUACCUAAUUUUCUUCAUUUAUUUCAUUCUCUAAGAGCAUUAAUCCAUAAGGGCACAUUGCUUUAAGAUGUGUUGAUCUCUAAUCUAGUAACUAAACCUGCCACUGACCCUUUUAUGUUUCCAGUAUUAGUUACCAUGGUGAUAAACCCAGGCAAGAAGUGAACCAGCUUCCUGAUUUCAAGAAACCUAAACUAUUCUGAAAUUACUUUGCAAAGCCACUAAUCCUGCUUCAUGGCGCAGGCCUCAGAUCAGCUAUGAGCAGAGUUAAAGCGGAGUUUGUGAACAUUUCAUAUAUCGUAUUUAUCUUUAACUUUCAGUUAAAACGUGCUGCUUGAACCAGAAUCAAUACAUCAUCUAUCAUUUCUUGUUGAGAGACUGUAAAUCUUUUCAAUCUCUUGGUGUGUGGAUUUAUUUAGAUAAUUUAUACAAAUGUAAGUUAACAUGUGCAACAUUUUUUGUUGAAUCUUUGAAAAUGUACCCCCAUAUAAAAACGACAAAAUUCUGAAUUAUGUAGCACUUUUGUUGUAACAAUCCAGCUAAAUUUGUGAAUGUUAAAACUUCCUCUUGUAAACGUUACUUCUCAUAUUGCUGACUUGUUUUUCUCAAAGAGUCAGAAGAAUUCAGAGGCUUUACCGAAAGCACAUACAGCACAGAAUGAAAUACUUCCUAAUAAUUAAAAUGACAUCAAAAUGUUUCUCAGGUAAAUGCUGAAACAACAUAAAAAAUGUUACUUAUAAAAUAAAUUUUCCUGGGAAAUUACAUUUUUUCACAUUUAUGAUAAACUGCCUGACCAAAUAAAUUCUCAACACAUAAAUUAUAAUCAGAGCAUAUAAAGGUUUUCUGUUGGAAGCAUCCUGAAGGGUAACAACUCAUUCUUCAAACAGCCUUCUUGCAAUAGGGGAGUGUGUGAGGAUUUAUAGGGGUCGCUGUGUAACGUGGUUCAUGGAGCAUCUGACAUUAAUGUAAGAAUGCAAAGUUUAUUUCCAGGAAAGACUAAACUGUUUUUGCUUUCUCCACAUCAAUAUAAGAUUCCAGAUUAUUUUGAAGCUUUUAUGGAAUAUUGAUCAAGCCUUUUGAAACUCUCAUGAUGUGUAAAGAUCGAAAGUGAAUGUGGUCAGGUGCACAAAUUAGAUUGUGACUUCUUCGGGUCAGUACUAGGUUAUUUGAUGAAAGUGCAGUCCAUUUUAAUUUUUCUAUAAGCUGCAACUGUUCAGCAUCAAUCUAUAGACUCUCACCAUGAUUAAAAUCUUUAAGCUAGCCAAAAUGUUUUGCAGGAAAAAGCUGAACAAAUACAUUUAACAACCAAAAGCUUAUCAAGUAGCCCUUUUUCAAGAUAAUUGACAAUUUCUGCUUUUUAUACAGUUUAAUUUACUUAUUCUUGGUGUCCAAUAAUUUAUAAACUUCAUACAUGUCUUGCUUAGUAAAAUGUUAACAUGUAACAGGUUAUCACAUUUCUGUAUUGAAGUAAAAAUCUAGAACAGAUCCAACUUGGUUUGAACUGCACUUGUUUGCUUUUUUGUACAGUGCCCUGAGAUGAUUUUGUUGUGAAUAAGCACUGUCUAAAUAAACUCAAUUAUUAAAGA